AUGGGCUGGUGUUGCAGACCUGCCGAGAAGAGUGUUUUGCUGGCUCAGAAUUGCGGUCCAAGUAGUGCUAAAAAAGUGUCGAAAAAGAUUGAUCCGGCAUGGAUGGGAUUUCACUUAUCCCCUUUUGCACACUUAUACAGAAUGCGAAGAAAAAAUAUACCGUGCAGUUACUGUUUGAAAGCGUUGAUUCGUGAUUGCACAUCCACAUCCAGUCCUCCCGUGAUUGCACAUCCACAUCCAGACAUCCAGUCCUACAGCAAGGAGCAAGCUGUGGAACCUUUGAUAGCUAAACCCAGAAAUUAUCGUGCUGGCUUGGGUUCGUGCAUUCAUCCGACCAAAGAACAAGAAAUUCACGGCGGCGAAUCAGCCAGGAAUGAGGAAGGCAGCAGUGUGCCCACAGAUGUUAUCUCAUAUCUCUCAUCGAGCAACUUCGCAUCGCUGCAAGAUUCCGUUUCAAAAGCAACUUUGCAAUCGAUCGCCGAGAUGGGCUUCGUCAAAAUGACUGAAAUACAAGCGAAAUGCAUCCCACCAUUGCUUGAGGUUAUCCAUUUUGCAUUGUUUCACUGA